AUGGCGCAGAAGGUGUCUGUCGCCGAGAUUACGAAGCAUGCCACGCCGGAUGACUGCUGGGUUGUCGUCAAUGGCAAAGUCUACGACCUCAGCAAGUUUGCGCCUAACCAUCCUGGCGGGCCCGAAAUGGUGUAUAAGUACGCUGGCAAAGACGGGACGAAGACCUACAACCAGUUUCAUUCGAAGGACCUCAUCGAGAAGCAGCUCUCUGACAGCGAGAAGCUUGGAGAGUUCGAUGAGUCAACCGUCACAGACACAUGGGUCAAUGCGCAGAAAGAAGAGACUAUCUCGGAAGCCGACCCAAACGAGAGGCCACCGCUAUCAAUGCUCCUCAAUUGCGACGACUUCGAGAAGGCCUUCGCCAAGUCCGGACCUCAGAAAGCGAAUGCUUACAUUUCCAGUGCCUCGAAUGACCUGCUGUCUUUGAAUGCCAAUAAGUCUUUUUGGCAGAAGCUAUGGUUUCGACCCAGGAUCAUGCGCAAUGUGUCCGCGAUUAACACCAAGUCCAAAAUGUUCGGUUGUGAUGUUAUAAUGCCAGUCUGGAUCUGCCCUAUGGGCGUGGCGAAGGGCGCUGGCGAGCAGGGAGAAUGUGCCCUUGGUGCAGGUGCCGCAGCAAGUGGUAUCAUUCAUUGCGUUUCGACUGUAUCGUCCUAUGACCUCGGCGAUGUGCUAGCCAGCGCUCCGCGGACUUACCCAUUCUUCUUCCAACUGUACGUCGACAAGCAAAGGCAGAAGACAGAGGCCUUGCUAAAGCGGCUGGAGACUCUGGAUCAGAUCAAAGCGCUUUUCGUGACUGUGGACUUGGCCGUGGUCUCAAAGCGGGAAGCGGAUGAGCGAAUAAAAACACAGGAGAACACGGCCAGCUACUUGCAUGGAGAGAAAAACAAGAUCGACAAGAAGGGAGCGGGACUGGCUCGAACGAAUGGAUCCUUUAUUGACUGGGCGCUCUCGUGGGAAGACCUUGCCUGGGUGCGGAAACAUUCGAGCCUGCCGAUUGUUGUUAAGGGGAUCCAGUCUGCUGCAGAUGCGAAGAUGGCGAUGCAAAUGGGCUGCCAAGGUAUUGUUGUCUCGAACCAUGGUGGACGCGCACUUGACAGCGCGCCGGCCACUAUACUUGUCCUGCUGGAGAUAAGGCGAGAUUGCCCAGAAGUCUUUGACCGGAUGGAGGUACACGUUGAUGGCGGUAUACGACGAGGUUCUGACAUCCUGAAGGCUGUCUGCCUUGGAGCCAAGGGUGUCGGUGUUGGUAGGCCGUUCCAAUGCUCGGUCAUGUACGAUCGUGAGGGCGUUGAGGCCGUUGCGGAAAUCCUACAAGACGAGCUGGAAACCGCAAUGCGUUUAUGUGGCGUGACACAUCUUGACCAAGUGCGAGGAGACAUGUCAUGGCUCAAUACUUCAGAGUUGGAACAAUAUCUGCCGAAGAGACAGGGCUGGUCUUUUUUUGGCAGCCUGAGGUCAAGAUUAUAG